GGAUAUGAUGUGCGCAUAUAGAAGCUCCCCCGUCGCCCCUACGGCUAAAUUUCCUUCUUGUAUUCUUUAUUUGAAUAGACCUUUUACAUGUGAAAUUUUGAAUAGGGAGAGAGAGAGAGAGAGACGGAGACGUUGGCAGUCGGCAAUUGCCAACUUACCCUUCAAAUUGAGAGAGAGAGAGACCCAGACAGGUACAGAGUAGAGAGUGAUUAGAAUUCUGAAAGGAUGAUGAUGACAAUGCUUCUUUGUCUACCCAGGCUGAAUCAAAGAAGAAGCUUUAGCUAAUACUAGUCUUUUUCUUUUGGGUUUCAAACAGAUUUUCUUGCAGAGCUCGAUUUAUUUUCUUGUAAAAUAAGCCCAAUAUGGAAAGUUCAGCUGAGAAAAGUAAGAGAAAAGAUGGGUUCGAAUCUUUCGCUGGAAAUGGUGAUGGAACCGGAUCGCUUACCAAUUGGGCAUCCGACUGCAGAGACAGUACCACAAGUUCAAGCAGAUCGAGCUCUGAAACUUCGACUCGCAAACCGGAGGCUAAGGUGUGUCCUUCGUCGGCUCGAUUGGGUUGGCCUAUUCGCAAGGCCGAUCUCUCAAAAUGCUCGAUUUCUGAUGUAUCCGAAGGUGAACACAAACCCUAUUUGGGCGAUUCCAAGUUGAAGAAACUGGGUUCGAAAAUUUUAGAAAUUAACAUGAUGAAGGAAAGGUUUUCGAAAUUGUUGCUUGGCGAAGACAUGUCAGGGAGUGGUAAAGGGGUUUCCACAGCAUUGGCCAUUUCAAAUGCCAUCACUAAUCUCUGUGCUACUGCAUUCGGGCAACUAUGGAGAUUGGAACCAUUGCCUUCCGAGAAGAAAUCAAUGUGGCGAAGAGAGAUGGAAUGCCUUCUCUGUGUUAGCGAUCACAUCAUUGAGUUUGCACCUUCUUGGCAAACAUUUCCAGAUGGAAGUAAGCUUGAGGUCAUGACCUGCAAACCGCGAUCAGAUCUUUCCAUCAACCUUCCAGCACUUUGUAAACUAGAUGACAUACUCAUUGAGAUACUAGAUAGUUUUAGCGAGACAGAGUUUUGGUAUGUUGAUCAAGGAAUUAUAGCUAAAGAUGCUGAUGAGUCAGCCUCUUUCUGUAAGCCCAUUCAGCGGCAAGAGGAGAAGUGGUGGCUACCAGUGCCUCGUAUCUCUCCUGGUGGUCUCCAUGAAGAUACAAGGAAGCAAUUGCAUCACAAGCGUGAAUGUGCAAAUCAAAUACUAAAAGCUUGCGUGUCUAUUAACAGUACUGCUUUAGCCGAAAUGGAAGUUCCUGAAUCAUACUUGGAAGCACUUCCAAAGAAUGGGAGAGGCUGUCUAGGAGAGGUUAUUUGCCGGUACAUUACUUCAGAUCAGUUCUCCUCAGAGUGCUUGCUUGAUUGCCUUGACCUGUCCACAGAACAUGUUGCUCUGGAGAUUGCAAACCGUGUGGAGGCAUCAAUUUAUGUAUGGCGUAGACGAAUUCACUCAAAACCCAUAACUAAUUCAACCCACUCCUCUGCAAAAUCAUCUUGGGAUAUAGUCAAAGAAUUAAUGGUUGAUGGAGAUAAACAAGAAUUGCUUGCAGGAAGAGCUGAAAAUCUCCUGAGUUGCUUGAAACAGCGGUUCCCUGGUCUAACCCAGACUACCUUGGAUACUAGCAAGAUAGAGUGCAACAAGGAUGUUGGAAAAUCCAUUCUGGAGAGCUACUCGAGAGUUUUAGAAAGCUUGGCGUUUAAUAUCAUGGCACGUAUUGAUGAUCUACUAUAUGUGGAUGACCUGACUAGACAUUCUGAUAAGCUCUCAUCAGUUCCAACAGUAAGUGUGAUUGCUCACAAGAGAGUUUCAAUCUCAUAUUCAGUGCCUUUCUCGGGCACACCUUACAAAACAGCUUUUGGCACACCAAACUUCUCACCUGCACCACUGGUGGAUAGUCCUGCAAGGGGAGAGAGAACUCCAUUCAUCAGUGACAACAGCAACAAGCCUCCCCAUCGUGGUUUUGGGGUAAAAGGAGUCUUGACAAAUUAUCUUGGCGUUGAACCAAAAAUGAAGAACUGGGGAAAUCCAACGGGAGGGUCAGGUACUGUUCCACACAAAAAUGAUGAGUUGUCUGCAUCCCAAACUGGCAUGGGAGGUUCAGAGCAAUAGGAGGAGCCAUCAGCCCUUCAAAUGGUAUCAGGUUGCAUCAGAUUGAUCACUGAGGUUUGCUCAGGGAAGAGAAUACGGGAAAAAAAAAAAAAAAACCUUGCAUGUAAGUGA